UUCUUCUUGCACAGAUAUUUCUCAUUUUUUGGUGUAGUGUGUAGUCUAAGAUCAAUGCAGUAGAGAUUUUGGCAUAUAAUAGUUACACGUAGAAGUAUUUUUGAGAGUGGAAGAGUUUGUAAAUAACAUCCAGGGAAUAGAAUUCCACUUGUGGAGACAGAAAAGAGAGUAUAAGCUGGGCUAAAGAAAUUCUCAUGCUGGCCAGUGGCUCCACGUGUAAUACCAGAACUUUGGGAGGCGGAGGUGGAAGGACUGCUUAAGGCCAGCAAUUCAAGACCAGCCUGAGCAACAUAGCAAGACACAGUGGUCUACAAAAAAAAAAUUAGCCUGGUGUGGUAGUGAGCACCUCUAGCCUCAGCUACUUGGGAGGAUGAGGCAGGAAGAUCACUUGAGCCUAGGAGGUCAAUGCUGGAGCCAUGAUCUAAGCCACUGUACUCCAGCCUAGGUGACAGAGCAAGAUCCUGUCUCAAAACAAACAAAAACCCCCACUGUUGAGGUAUAGUUCUAAGGGGCAGCCACUUGUUAUGCAAGUAGAAAAGAGAGAAAUGUAGAAUUACAAUGGUCAGCUGUCUUAAACCAAAAUCUAAGGUAAUUUUCAUAAAAUUGGUUUAAUUUUUCAUGCAAUUGUCCCAUGUGAAGUUUGUCCGUAGAACAAUCUUCCAGGGAUUUAAUAUGGUGUUUUUCAAAGUAUUGUUCAGAACUCAUUAUUAGGCUAAGAAAUUAGUCUAGCGAUUCAUGGGCAGAAUUUUUUAAAUGACACAAACUGAAAGAUUAAAUAUCAGAGUAGGGCAUAUACCAAGGAUAGAAUGCAUAAUAUGAUCUCAUUUCUGUUUCAAAAAGGAAAAAAAAACUUGAUAUGUUAUAUUUUUAUGAAUCUGUAUAACAAUCUAUUAAAAAAUUAGGGAAGGCUAUAUUUCAAACUUUUAAUAUGGUUACUUUAGGAAAGUGGGGCUAAAGGAGACCAUGCAGAAAAAAAUUUAUUCCAAUUAUUUAUUCCAAUAAAGUCACCUUCUUUAAGAAGUCUUUUCUUGCUUAUUUUAUCUGAUGCUAAUCCCUUUACUAAUUUUCUUAUCACCUUAGCACUAAAGGCACUCAUUCAUACUUUCCCAAACAGUCAUUGUACUACGCUUCUAGGAAAAAAAUAUAAAUACCAUACCAGUAUCUGCCUUAAGAGUUUGAUCUAGUGGGAAAGGCAUACUCAUAUUUAAUUAUAAAUAAUGUGGUAUAAGUUUUAAGGAGUAAGUAGGCAGACAGGCAACAGGGUAGUUGGUAGGCAGAGGAAUAUUUUGGCCCCAAACUGCCACUCUAAAACCUUGUCAGAGGUAACAAACAGCAUGCACAAGUGUUUAUAGAGCAGCCCAGGGAUGGGCUAGAAAAGUAGGCAGGACUGGACCACAGAAGGGCUUUGUAUGGUGUGAAAGCAUUUAGGCUAUCCUGAGGAGAGUAAAUGAAAGAUUUGAAGCAAAAGAAACAUUUAGCUGAUUUGAUUUUUAGAUACACCAAAAUGGAGUCUACCUGGAGGAUGGAUUUAAGACAUUAACUUGAGGCAGGGAUUUGGUUAUAUAACAUAAACACACUUUUAAACAGUUAUGUGGCCUUUCUUUAUGGAGUACUUCAUGGCUCUUUAUUCCAUCUCCCUCAUCAAUUAUAUCAAAGGUUAGGAUGGAAAGGCUAAGACACAGCAAUGUCUUAUUUGAGAACCCCUCCCCAAACCCCUACUCCAGGCUUUCCCACAGCAAUUUCAAAACCUUUUUCCUGGCACUUAUAUUCUCCCCUGCAUUUGCUUUUGACUGUACAGUACAUAGGUCUUAGGUCUCCAGUCUGAAAACUGCACCACUAGAUUUUACAGUUCCACAGGACUUAGCACAACGUCUUUGAAAAAAAAAAAUACUGCUUAAAUAACUCUCAGAUCUAAAUGUAUAAUCCUAAUCUCUUGAUUGCCAGACCACAUUCCCAAUUGCCCAGAUAUCUCUACCUGGAUGUCCUAUAAUUAUCUCAAACUUAACCUAAUCCAAAUGGACCUGGGUACCUCUCUUCACCGCCAAACUAGUCAUGCUCCCAUUUCAUAUGUAAGUAUUUUUCCAAACCCUGAGUCAUCUUUGUUCACUCUCUACUACCGGCCAUGAACACUCAGCUGCUAAAUGCUGCACACAUCUCUUCCAUUUCUCUUUUCCAUUACCCUAGUUUAAGCUCUUGAAAUGCUUCCCUACCUCUCCCUAUUUCCCACAAAACCUACAUAAUAGCUAUCAGGAUUACCUUGCUAAAUAAAGCAGAGGUGUGAUCACUGUCAUUUCCCACCUUCAAGUAGCUGGAAACCCCACAAAGACGAGGAUCAUGCCCAUUUAAAUCCCGGCAGCAUUCUCCCUCUCUUGUUCUACUGAUGCUGACUGGAUCAUUGUACUUGCCAAGUACAGUUUGUUUUUCUCCCCACUACUUGUGUUUUCUAGUUUCUCCACCAGAUGGUGAUGACAGUACAACUGGGAGCUUUGUGCCCUGUGUUCCUAGGCCAGUGCCAGGCCCACUUGAGGCGCUCACUAUGAUAUGAACGAAUGAAUGGUUGAGUGAAUUGGUCCCCAGAAGCGGUCAUCCCCUCCGCCAAGGCAGAGGGGAAAGGCCGGGAGGUGCACGUGGGAUGAAUGGAAACACAGUGAUUGGCCUUCCUGGAGUUUUCUUUUUAAAAAACUGAAUACAUUACAGAUGUUGAAAAGAGCACAAAAAUCAUAACUGUAUGGCUUGUUAAUUUUUACAAAUAAAUACACCCUCGUGAAUCCAGAACCUAGAUCAAGAACCUGAACAUUACCAGCACCAAGAAAACCUCCCCGCGCCCUCUUCCACUGAGCGGCCCUUUCAACCCUUACAAAGCCGGACGGCGCAAUUCCUGGGUCCUGUGACCUUGGUGACCGACGCCCGGGACAAGUCAGAAAGACCCAAGGGCGGGGAAAACUCUCCUCUUACCGAUAAACUUGAAGCGACUCAUGACCGCAGAUGGGGAACCUCCCCGGCGGAAGCGGAAGUGGCCUCCGGCAGCUCCGCCCUUCCGUCUGGCCCCGCUGCGACAGCUGCCGCAGGCGUGCGGUUUCCCGGCUCUCCCCGCGGCCGGGGAAGGUCAGCACCGUAAUGGCGUUCUUGGCGCCGGGGGCCUACCUGACCCAUCGGCAAAAGGUGUUGCGGCUUUAUAAGCGGGCGCUACGCCACCUCGAGUCGUGGUGCGUCCAGAGAGACAAAUACCGAUACUUUGCUUGUUUGAUGAGAGCCCAGUUUGAAGAACAUAAGAAUGAAAAGGAUAUGGUGAGGGCCACCCAGCUGUUGAAGGAGGCUGAGGAAGAAUUCUGGUACCGUCAGCAUCCACAGCCAUACAUCUUCCCUGACUCUCCUGGGGGCACCUCCUAUGAGAGAUACGAUUGCUACAAGGUCCCAGAAUGGUGCUUAGAUGACUGGCAUCCUUCUGAGAAGGCAAUGUAUCCUGAUUACUUUGCCAAGAGAGAACAGUGGAAGAAACUGCAGCGGGAAAGCUGGGAACGAGAGGUUAAGCAGCUGCAGGAGGAAACGCCACCUGGUGGUCCUUUAACUGAAGCUUUGCCCCCUGCCCGAAAGGAAGGUGAUUUGCCCCCACUGUGGUGGUAUAUUGUGACCAGACCCCGGGAGCGGCCUAUGUAGAAAGAGAGAGACCUCAUCUUUCAUGCUUGCAAGUGAAAUAUGUUACAGAACAUGCACUUGCCCUAAUAAAAAAUCAGUGAAAUGGU